GAUGCAUCAUGCAUUUCACGUGUGUUCAGAUUUUGUGGAACUAGAUGCGUUCUUCAAGACAGCUGAUACGACUGACUUAGAACUCUGCAACUGUAAGCAAUCUGCAUUGCGGACUCGACGGGAUUGCUGUUAUCUCUGGCGACUGCGUAGCUCGGACACAGAUGUAUUAGUGUUACCACCGCUGCUGUUGCUGCUGCAGAAACUGUCUGUUAAUAGAACUGGUGGUGCUGUCUGGACAUGCCAUCUUCUUGGGAAUCUCUGGAUGAACACUGGAAGCAACGUGCUCAGUAUGAAGUCAAGGAAGAUCCAACAAAGAUAGAAGCCAACAUUUGUGCUCUGAGGGCACUUGUGCAAGCAGAAAAAGGCUUAUAUUCAAGGACUGAUGACACUUUCCUCUUAACUUUCUUAAGAGCAAGGAAACACAAUGUGAAUGAAGCCUUCAAAAUGCUGAAAAACUUCUACAAAAUGAAGGAGUCUUUUCCAGAACACCUUGAACCAUACCUUCCAUCAGAGAAAAGUAACAUUUAUGAUAUAGAAGGAAUGACUGUUUUAGAACAAAAAGAUGAUGAUGAAAGAGCUGUAGUCAUCAUAAGAGUGGCAUGGCGCAAGUAUGGAUAUGGCAAGAAACCUCAAGAAGAUACACAGAAUUGAAUUUUUAAAUGAAUUAGG